AUGACCGAAAACGAUGCUGAGAUUGCUAAAGCCCUUGGCAAACAAGCCAGUUUUUGUGGACUAAGAACUGCCGAAAGUGGAGUUUGUGCAAAUGAACCAUCUACUACACGUCCACCGUCGGCAGUGGAAGACAACACUUGUAGAGCUGAACUGCUGCACACCAAAUGUCUAGAGUGCGUCUACACUAAUUCCUAUUGUACCGUGAUUUUGCAGUUCGAGAGCGAAACUGAAGACGAAGAGUUGGCCCCGCCGCGGACAAAAAGUUGUAUUCAACAGCAGUUUGAUGAAAAUAAAGAAAUGCUUCGUUCCCAACGUUUGGUACUGGAAAAACAACAUGGGAUGUGUAUAAAAAUGGAUGUGUAA